AUGUCGCCAAUUCUUGUUGUAGAUCAAGAAAAUGCUCAGGAAUUCAAUUCCUUCUCCUUUGAAGGACCUGAAAAAUUGCUUGAGCUUUGGUUUUCAGCUCCGUUCAUUUCUGACUCUGAGAGUGGAAAUACAAAAUUUGGGUUGAAAACUGUAAGUCGUGACUUAUGGGAUGAUAUGCUUAGCCGUGCACAAUGCAAAGUGCUUAGCGUGGCUUCUAGCAAUGAGGUUGAUGCAUACUUAUUGUCUGAAUCUUCUAUGUUUGUUUUUCCUCAUAAAAUCAUUUUAAAGACUUGCGGAACUACAACACUACUGGCUAGUUUACCGCGCUUAUUGGAAAUUGCUUCAAGUAUUGGAUUUACUCGUCCUCUUCGUACAUUUUAUUCGCGGAAAAACUUUUUAUAUCCUGAACGCCAGCUUGCUCCUCAUAAUAGCUGGGAAGAUGAAGUUCGUUACUUGCAACUUUUCUUUCCUGAGGGUUCUUCUUAUGUUGUUGGUCCCACGAACAAAAACCAUUGGUAUUUAUUUUCUGACGUCGCUGAUGAGUCCGAUUUGUUUGAGAGCUCUCUGGAUCCGGAAGACGAAACUUUAGAGGUACUCAUGACAAAUAUGUCGCCUGAACGCUCUUUGCAAUUCUACGCACCUUCCUUAGACGUUGUUCAUCAAUCAAAGGGUGAAAAUUAUAUGAAGCCACAAAACAAUGAUCAACCUGUCCUUUCCACAGGUCAUAUCCUUGGAGCGUAUGUGGCUGAAUUAUCUGGAGUUAAAGAAUUGUGUAGCACUAAGGAUGGAAAAGCCGUGCUUGACGGUUUUCAGUUUGAACCCAUUGGCUUCUCUUCAAAUAUGAUUUAUAAGGACCGCUACGCUACAAUUCAUGUAACUCCUCAAGAUCAUUGUUCUUAUGCUUCUUUUGAAACAAACGUAUCUAAAACCCAAUUUGGUCGCUCUACUAUUGAAACUAUUGAAAAGGCUGUCAAUACUUUUGGAGCAGGUAAUUUCAGUCUCACCCUUUUUCAGGCUAAAGGAUCCGCUCAUGAAAAGCAGCUAUAUGAAAAAUUAAAGCAUUUUAAAUCGUAUAAACGCGAAGAAUUCAUAGUUUACGAUUUCCCUGGGUACGACUUGGUAUUUGCCAGCUUUUCCUCUGUUUAG